AUUUAUUUUAUAUUUAUUUAUAUGUAUUUUACAUUUCUUCCUCUGUUUACGUCAUCAGCUCCAACAGACUUCUGGGAGAGUACAGGACAGGAAGUGGCCUCCGCACUGAGGGCUCUGGGCCUCCCGGUUGGUCCAGUGGUUACCAUGGAAACCCCGAAUAAAGGCGGACCGCGCGAGGCGCUCAGAGCAAUCAGGGAGGCUGAUAAGGUCAAAGUGGUGAUCAUGUGUAUGAGCUCCGUCCUGAUUGGUGGAGAGGAUCAGAAAGACCUCUUAUUGGCUGCUCUGGACAUGGGGAUGAUGUCAGAUGGUUACAUGUUUAUUCCGUAUGAUGCGCUGCUGUACGCCAUGCCCUACCAGGAUGCAGUAUUCCCCCAGCUGACCAAUAGCACGCAGCUUCGUUAUGCGUACAGCUCCGUUCUGACGGUGACGAUGGCGUCCGACCAAAGUUUCUACGAAGCUUUUCGUCAGGCUCAGAUCAGCCGAGAGGUCCGCGCGCCUGUGGCUGCUACAGAGGUGUCUCCGUUCUUCGGGACCAUCUUUAACAUGGUUUACUUCGUCGCUAAGGCGGUGGAGGAGCGUCGUCAGGCAGGGGGCGGGCGCUGGGUCACAGGUGAUCAACUUGUCCAAUCAGAUGGAGGCUUUGACUUCCAAGGCUUCAACCAGAUGUUGUACGGGGGUAAAGAGGGGCGGGGCUUGCAGGCCAGAUACGUGGUGUUGGACUGUGACGGGGACCGACUCGUGCCGACACACACGCUCGCUCCCACAGACGCUGAGGGGACCGUCGGAGGUCUGAGACCACUGAGCCGCUCCUUCAUCUUCCCCGGAGGAAGACCCCCCAGCUCCAGCUUCUGUUGGUUCAGUCCGGAGGAGGCCUGCAGCGGAGGCGUUUCCACGGUGACGCUGCUGUUUGUCUUCCUGUUGCUGUGCACUGUGAUUGGAGCGUUCCUGUACUGGAUCAGGAAUUUCAGGAGAACUACAAACGGCACCAAACUCAUCUUGACUCUGGACGACAUCGUCUUCAUCGAUACUCAAGUCAGCAAGAAGAAACUGAACGACGAGUCGAUCAUGAAGAGUCUUCUAGAGAUCAAAACUCCAAUGCGCUCGAUUUGUCGGAGCUACAUACUGACAACACCUGAAAGCUCCAAUAUAGGAAUACUGGAGGGUGACUGGGUUUGGCUCAAGAAGAUUAAUAUAGAACAUACAGUAACAGCUGUCAAUCAAAACACCCAGACUCUGUUCAGCCAGUUAAGGGAGAUGCGACAUGAGAACCUGAACCUGUAUCUGGGUUUGUUCCUGGAUUCGGGGAUCUUUGCCAUCGUGGUUGAACACUGCCCUCGAGGUAGCCUGGCAGACCUGCUGGCUGACAGUGAGAUUAGGCUGGACUGGAUGUUCAAGUCGUCACUGCUGAUGGAUCUUAUCAAGGGGAUCAGGCACCUGCACCUUCGUGGUCUGAGUCACGGUCGUCUGAAGUCGACAAACUGUUUGGUCGACGGCCGUUUCGUCCUCAAAAUCGCUGACUACGGACUUCCCAUGAUCCUUCACUCUCAGAACCUCAGCCUCCCUGAAGACCCCCAGGAGCUGCUGUGGACGGCUCCGGAGCUCCUGAGGAAUCCGGUUCGAGGCGGUUCGUUUGCUGGAGACGUUUUCAGUUUGUCCAUCAUCAUACAGGAAGUGAUCUCACGGACGCUGCCCUACGCCAUGAUGGACAUGCCCGCCGAGGAGAUCAUAGAGCGUCUGAAGAAGCCCCCUCCUCUCUGUAGACCUGCAGUUUCUGUGGAUGAAGCUCCGACCGAGUGUCUCAGUCUGAUGAACGAAUGUUGGAACGAGGAUCCGAGUAAGAGGCCGACUUUUGAUGACAUUUUCAAGCAGUUUCGGGGCAUCAACAGAGGGAAGAGGGCAAACAUCAUUGACUCCAUGCUGAGGAUGUUGGAGCAGUACAGUUCAAACCUGGAGGAUCUGAUCAGAGAACGAACUGAUGAACUGGAGAUAGAAAGACAGAAGACGGACAAACUGAUUGGGCAGCUGCUGCCAAAGUCAGUGGCUCAGGCUCUGAAGAAAGGGAAACCGGUCCAACCGGAACAUUACUCAGACUGCACGUUGUACUUCAGUGAUAUCGUUGGAUUCACGACGAUCUCAGCGCUCAGCGAACCCAUCGAGGUGGUCGACCUGCUGAAUGACCUCUACACAAUGUUUGAUGCCAUCAUUGGGCUUCAUGAUGUCUACAAGGUAGAAACGAUCGGAGACGCCUACAUGGUGGGUUCAGGUGUUCCAAACAGAAACGGGAAUCAACACGCAGCUGAAGUGUCCAACAUGUCUCUGGACAUCCUGCACUCGAUCGGAGCGUUCAAGAUCAAACACAUGCCGGAGAUUAAAGUAAAGAUACGAAUCGGACUUCACUCAGGCCCAGUGGUUGCAGGUGUGGUGGGUCUCAUGAUGCCCAGGUAUUGUCUGUUUGGAGACACGGUGACCUUGGCGUCCAUCAUGGAGUCCAGCGGACUUCCCUACAGAAUCCACAUCAGUUUGAGUACCAUGAAGAUCCUGACGAGUCUCAAGCUGGGAUACCACAUUGACACCAGACCAGCGACGGUCAAAGGAGCAGAAGACACCUAUUGGCUGAUGGGUCGAGAAGGUUUCACUAAACCACUUCCUACUCCUCCGGACCUCAUCGGAGGGUAA